GAGCAAUUGACUAACCAUUCCAACAUUAAUUUAACAUCAAAAAUAAACAACCAAACUAGUCCGGACCCAGAUAUCCGGACCCUAACUCAUACUAUGCAAACAUGAAUUAAAACAGUAUUUUAUUAAAUAAAGAAAACUUGCAACCUCCGUAAAAGCGGAACAGGACAGAUCUGGAGUCAAAACCUCCAGAAAAUACUUUAAAACUACUACUAAAACUAAUAUACAAAGUAUUUUAUAGGAACCCGAAAUUGGGUUGAGAAUGGAUGAUAAAAAUGAGAAGAAUCGUGCUGUAUUUAUAGGAACGAAGCCAAGGCGUCCAAGUCCAAGCGUCCAGAUCUGGCGCCUGAGCUGUCCCGGCGAACCAGAUUUUGCCACGUGUCAUUCUUGGGCUGCAAUUAAGCCAAAGCGUCCAACUCCCAAGCGUCCAACUUGGCCAAGCGUCGGCCAAGUUGGACGCCUUGAGGCCUUGGUGGUGGUCAUCCGAGAGCUGGGAAUCACCAACCUCGUCCGUCACAGCGGCGCACCAACCAUUCACUCAGCCCCGCCGGAGAAGCGUCUUCUACUCUAUAUCCUCACCCGGAUUCUUCGCCCCCGGGACGGCAGCCACACGUGCCUCUUCAACGAGGAUCUCAAGGCCGUUCAUGCUAUCACCCAUGGCGCCUCAAUCAAUUGGGCAAAAUACGUCAUGAUUCACAUGGCAGAUUGCACCUCCAUCACCAACGAGCGGAGCUUGCCAUACGCCUUUCUCAUCAUGGAUCUCAUCGUCGCCUCCAACAUCCACAUCGCUGGCCCGGACACGAAGAUGACAAAGCUGUGGAUCAUCCAAGAUAGCACCUUCCGGAAGAAGUCCGGAGACCAAGGCGGCGCCGGACCGAGUCGUGCCCGUGCCCCUGCCCCCGCUCCCGCCCGAGCCUCGUUGCAAUCCAUAGCCGAUACUCUAAAUCGGCUAACCCUCACAGUGGAUGGCAUGGGGCAGUCAAUCGAGCGAAUGGACUGGACGUUGCAACGCCAACACCACGACAUGAUGGCAUACUUCCGUGGCGUCAACUACAUUCCGCCACCAUUUGACAGCACCAUUCUCGGCCAAAACUUUGAAGGCGAGGAUGAGGACGACAACUCAUACGCUCCGUCCUCCUCCCCCGACGAGGCCGACUUUGAGGACGCGGUCGACGGGGAUCCCAUGGACGUCGAGGACGACGAGGAUGACGAGAACGAAGACGAUGACGCCGAGGACGAGGACGCCGCUGCCUAGACUCUUCUCUCUCUCCUUUCCCUACUUUGAUUGCAAUUUUUUUAUCUAUUUCAAUUCCGUUGUAUUCUGCAUUUUCUCACCUUUUAAUGAAUAAAAGUUUACUUUUAAUUCCUAAAGUUCACUUUUAAUUCUUUUUGUUAAUGUCAAAAGGGGGAAGAUAUCAAGGUUAUGCAUAAAUUGAGGGGGAAUUU